AUUUUGUGUUGCUCUCAAAACAGUCCCUCGUGUGCCAUUAACUGUUCAGCGCACAACUGGAAUAUUUGGUUUUCUUUUAGAAAAUGAGUAAAAUAGACAAUUUAUGACAUUCAUGUGUGUAUGUGUGCAGAAUAAUAUCUAGCUAAAUGUCGGGUACCGUAGAGGAGUGGCAGGUUGUUCGGCGGGGAAAAGGUGCACCGAGAAAAUUUAAAUCUCACCAACAAAUCCCUUCUGCUUCCGCUUGUCUUCAGGAACAGCUGGAUGUUGAGAAACUUGUCAGACGGAUCAGAGACACGGUGUAAGAAAUUAAGCUCAACCUUAACCUAAAGAAAACCCUACAGACUAUUAAAUCAGACCUACCCAGAGGUCAGUUAUUAAGACCAGACCUCUAACCCCGCUUUUAUUUUGUCUCCAUUAGGUCUCAGCUGAGAGUUGAAGAGCUGUGGCAACAAUGGAAAAGUAACUAUGGUUCACAUCUAAAUAUUUACAGUACCUUACAAGAGUAUUCAAGAGUAUCCACUCGAGUCUUUUUUCACAGUUUGUCACAUAUAACAACAAACCUUGGGGGACUUUAUGUAACCAGCACUAAUGAACUGUGGGGAAAAUACAUUUAUAGAUAAAUACAAAAAAGUAUUCUCACUAUUAAAUGCACAUUAUGCAAAAUCCACUUUUUUAGUCCUUAAAUCUGUUUUGUUGCAUACUUGGGAGUCUCUAAGUGCAGAAGAUUUUAUUGUAGUCUGUCUAGGAGCAGCGUAGAUAUCAUUAUAUUCUGUUUAGGUCAUAUUUUUUGAGUCGUUCAGUUUCCUCUUAUGUUUUUUUGAACAAUUAUGUCACAGUAUUUGCUACGGAGCUGCUUCAAGGUCACGCACUUCCGGCUAACCAGUUUUGCCAAUGUUGCAACAGACUUGCUGGAGCUAGUCUGUAGAAACACAACACACAAUAUUUAGCUGUAAUAGUGCCGAAAGUUGGUUUUGCAAAGUAGUUUGACUCAGGGGGAUGAAUGCCCCAUGUACUUUUAAAAUUUUCCUUUAACAAUUAUGCACUCCAUUUUAUUUAUCUACCACAUGAACCUGAUAAAAUUGGAACAAAUAAUUCUGCGAGGCACUGUAGCAUAGUUCUUUAGGGAUUUUGCUUGCAGCUUGGUGAUAAUCCUGUCUUUAGAUCAGCUUCUGUCGGCAAUGUCAACGUCCGUAUCAGAGUCUUCAGACAGCGUGGUGGCUGAGGGCCAGCAGGACAAGGACACAGAGGGGACGGUACGCCAGCAUCUGGAGUGUGUGUGUUAUGGCCUUGGCUCCUUUUCUUCUUGUGCCUCAGCCCGCUACCAGCUGGCCAUGUUGCUGCUGCUCCUGGAUGCAGGACAGAUUCCUGUAAAGGAUUGCUCUGUUUAUGAUCCUGCAUUCUCGCCCGCAGAAAGGGACGUUUUGAGAGGGCUGGGUUUGAGUGUACUCACAGAAAACGAGGAGGGGAAGCGUCUGGCCACUAAGCCCACCCUCUUUUAUCUAAUGCACUGUGGAAAAGCCCUAUACAACAACCUGCUGUGGAAGAACUGGAACCCGCGCCACUUGUCUCUGGUUACGAUCAUCGGAAACUGCUUCAGCGGCAUCAGGGAGAGGACCAUCGAGAGGGAACUGAGGCGGAAUUACAGCUACAUCAGCAAAGCUGUGGAUUUGUGUGAGGAGAGACUGUUGCCUUGUCCCUCCCAUCUGAUUGACGUCUUCAGUGAUACGGCACUUAUCACUUUUCCUUCAGACCGACUAAACCAACUCCCACAGUCUAGUUGGACGGACUCACCUGAACCACAAUACCAACAUUGCUCAGAUUUAGAGAUUAUACUUAAACAAAAAUCCAUCUCGGGCUCUCCAGAGACAACAACGGAUGCAUUUUCACACCUAACAUCAAUGUAACCUUUUUAAAUAAAUGUUCUGUCCUACAGACCAGAA